ACUAUUUUUUUAGCUGUUAAGCUACAAAUGUAGUAGCCAAUCUAAUGUAAUUAAGCACUGUCUGAUUGUGUAUUUAUCAUAGAUAACAAUGAAGUCAAUACUCAACAAUUUUGCUGCGGCCAAAGAGCUGGUUGGUAAGCAACGAUCUUCACUUGUCUUGGUGUCUCAUGUGCUUCAUACACCAAUGCCUUGUGAAUAUUUAUCUGAUAUUGUGAAAGCCAUUAUGGUCGUUUUAAAAGAUGAACUGGAAAUAUAUUCACCUGAUAUGCAUGGGGUGCCAGUUGCUUUUGAUGAGAAGUCUGUGAAGCUGUUAGAAAAACAUGGAAAAACAAUUGGUGCACAGUCGUAUGUGCAUUGUGAUAUAAAAUGUGAUUUUAUCGUGUUUCAACCUAAGAUUGGACAAAUUCUUAACGGAAUUGUGAAUAAAGUUACAGGGAAUACGGUUGGAUGUUUGAUACAUGGAUGCUUCUAUGCAACCAUUCAUCAUAAAAAUAAAAACACAGACGACUUUUUCUCAAAUAUUGAAAUUGGUGAUGAAAUUUCUCUCAAAAUUUCAAAGCUAGAAGAGGAUGGGAAUGGUGUACUGUCUAUUAUAGGAGCACCAUUGAGGCGACGUAGUGCUGCAAAAAAGGCAAAAAAUGUGGACUCUGAUGAUGCCCAUAUUUCUGACACAGCCAGCCUCGUUAUUCAUAGCCCCGAUUCAGGAAUCAUAGACAAUACUAUGAAUUCAAGUUUAUUCCCCAGUCAGCAUGAUGAAAUUGUUGGCAACUCUCAAGAAUCGAAUCUAGGUAUUCUACCCCCAGGGUCUGGGGACGUAAAUGGCAUAAAAGAGGAUAUUAAUCUUGAUUUUCGAAAGAACAAGAAACCUAAAAAAUCUAAGAAAGAAAAGAAAGUUAAGAAGAAAAAGGAACAUGAUGUAAAUGAGUCCGACGCUACAACAACACUUUCAGAAUCGUUCGCCGAACAAGAAAUAGAAAAGAAGAAGAAAAAAAAGGAAAAAGACAAGAAGUCUGAUAAGGAAAAAAAGAAAAAAGAUGAAAAUUCACAGAUCAAAAAUGAGACUUCGUCAAUUCAGUCAUCUAAAUUCGGAAUGUCUAAUUUUGAAUUUGAUAAUUUACCUACAUUUUCACCUAAGAAAAAAGAUACUGAAGCAGUUAAGCAUAAAAUUCUUCCAUCCAAUAAGCCUACUGUCGUUCAAAAACUUGAGCUGCAUACUCCGCUGCCAUGUAGGGCUGAAAAUAUAAACAGUCCCGAAAGACAGAAUAAUGAUAAUGAGGGAGAGCAGAACAUAACUAAUGCAGUAGCUGUUACAAAAACUAAUCAUACCCUAGAUACCAGUCCGAAAAAGAAAAAGGUAGAGAAAAAUAAAAAAAAUCCACAAAUUAAAACAAUCGGUCAAAAUAUAACUACAGAAGGUUCAACUAAUCCAACUGACUCUACUCCACCGUCUGAUCAAAAGCCUUCGGUAAAUUCGAAUAUAAAUACAUUCAGUGGUGCUGAUAAAGAAGUUUUAAAAUCCCUUGAUUUGGGUAAUAUUCUUUCUUGGCAUAAAAAAGAUUCAGAACCUGAUACUAUAAACAAUGUGCCCACAACUGAACCCUCAACAAUAAAACAGAAAGAUAGUAAAGUUUCUACGAAAAAAAGAAAACUUGGGACUAAAGAGGAAUUUCUUUCACCGCCAUCUAAAAGGACUUUACUAGAUUCGGAUGUUGCUUUACCGUCUUCAAGUUUACCAGAUGCAGUUUUUGAUGUUGGUAAUGCAUCAUCCCAGAAUUCGGAAGUAUUCGAACAUCAACAACAAGCUCUGUAUCACUUACAAAAACUUGGAAUUAACAUUCCCCUUUCGCUCUUGUCAUCUUCAAAUCAGUCGAACACUUCAAACGAACCCGAAACAGGUUCUAAAACAAAUAACUUCAUAGUACCUUCUGUUACAAAAUCAGCAAAGAAGAAGAAAAGUAAAAAAUCAAAAUUAGACUCUGUUUCAACUUUUCCAUUAUUUAAUCCUAUUGAAACAUCAACACCUAUGAUAACUGACCCCAAAAGUUCUUCUAAACCUGAAAUAUUUGCAUACCAGUCAAAAACAAAGCAAGGAACGAUACAGGAAAUUGAGCAACCAGUGACGUCAAGCAAGGAUUCUGUCACAAGUAAUAUUGAUAGCAAAAAUAAUGUCAAUAUAAUGGGUGCAGAAUCAUCAGAAAAACAUCAAAUGGAACUGAAACAUGAAUGGAAAGUAACUGAACAAACUCGAAAGAAACCUAAAAAGAAGAAAAAGAAAAGUCAUGCAGUUAGUACAAGCACAGACAUUGCUGGGGAAACACUUGAACUUGACAGUUCAUUAGCUCAAUCUCAUGUAAAACAGGAAGCUAAAAUUGACAAUGUCGAACAAAAAACAAAGAAGAAAAGGCGCAAAAAGAAAAUUGCUGUAGAUGAUAAUUCUGUAAGUAACGUUUCCACUGAAUUCGACUCAAAAACAGAAAUAUCUUUGCUACAGCAAAAUGCUAAACCGGAAUUAAAAUCGCCCACUUUUGACAAACAGGUAAAACCAAAAAAGAAGAAAAAAAAGGAUAAAGAAACAAAUAACGAUGAUUCAAUAAACGGUGCUACCCAAACAUUACAUAAUGACUCUACAAAUUCAUUGAAAAGAAAAAAGAACAAGAAGAAAAGGGAUGAACUGGGUGAAAAAAGUAAGAAAAAACAUAAAAAAGCAAAAAGUAUGAAACAAGAGAAUGAUUGAAAUCCAAUUACUGACGAGCAGUCAAUGUCCAUUAAUUGACAAAUGACCAUAAGUCAAAAUAUUUGAAGCCAUGAAUAUGGGAUUGCAAAGAAAAAGUUAUUUGUGUACUUCAGUGAAUAACACAAUACAACAUGGCAAAGUACAAAAUAUUCUGAAAUGAAUCAAAAAUUUUAUUUACUGAGACUCUACAAAUAUGCUUUUUAUUGACUAAAAACAAAAAUACAAUAUCAAUGUGAUAAUGUUCUUAAUAACACCUUUUUAACAAGUAGAAUCAUGAGAUCAUGAAAAAAAAUAGGAAAGGUUACUGAACCUUGUCUACUUUUUGAGGGGCAAUAUUUUUAUCGCUCUUUUUAUGUUUUAUUACAAGAAAUGGUGAAUCAAACUAUUUAAUUCUUUGUAAGUACACAUAAUGGAUGUAAAUUCAUUUUUACAAUCCAUUACCAUAAUCUAAGUAUAAUGAUUUGUACAAAAAUUUUGAACUGAAAUCUCGAUUUUUGUAUUAUUGGAAGAACUAAUCUAAUCCAAUUAUCCAAUUAUCUACCUUUCCAGCAAUGACUUUCAUUAUUGGUUCUGCUCUACUCUUGAACUGCUCUAACAUGAUUCAAUACAAAUCAUUAAUAAGUUAUUAUUUACUGUCUUGUAGUGUAUUGACAAUUUUUCUUGCAUAACUGUCCAGCUAUAAUUCAAACCAAUUAUCUUUGUGGUAUAUCAGUUAAUAAUUUUAUUUGUUUGGGUCAUAGUUAAAUUUCCUGUGAUAACAGUGUCUCACGUAUAUUGUUUGUGUAUUUCAAGCUGGUUUGUUUUGAAACGUUUCUGAGAAAUAUGAUUUCGUUAUAUUUUUAUUGGAAACAGCCUACAUCAACAGCGAUAAUGAAUAGAUUAAAUUUAUUAACAAAUUAUGUAAUAUGGACUUUAGUUGUAUAUUAGAUAACGAACUAAGGCAACAGCCCACGGCUAUCUGUCGUAUGUUACAAGCUUAUAAUAAUAAUAUUGUUUGAAGUAGUUCAUAUUGUGUUCCAUUGCCAUCAUAUCAAUGAAUGUUUUUAAAGAACUUUUGUUAUUUUUCAAUAUGAGGUUAUAUAAGUUACAAUGCUGCCCCAAUCAUUAUGUGACUCCACUCUCUUCAUUACUUAUUGAAUGCCGAUGUUAAACUUUCUCAUAUAAGUUGCAAUUUUAUGUUUUGCCAAAUUCAUGGUUUUCCUAAUUCUGUUCCGUAUUUUUGACAGA